GGCGUAAGAAAGACGAAAAAUCCAAUUUUCUCCCAUUAAAUCUCGAGAAAACUUGGAAUUUUCAUGAAAUUUCAUCGAAUUCAACAGCAAAAACCAUUAAUUUAGUGAAAUUUCAUCCUGAAAACCCCCAAAAAGACGUCAAAUCCGUGAAAAAUGUCUGUCACGAAGAAACUAACCCCAUCAAAGUCCUCUGCGACGGACAACGAAAAGGCUUUGCGCGAACAAUUGCACAUCGAGAUCGAGAAUCGGACAAAACCGUGCGCCAAUCCGACCUACGAAUGCAGCUUAACGCGCUUGGAUGGCUUUGAGUACUGCAUGAAACACAUUUUGCUGGAUGAAUCGGGACGAACGCCCUACAAACAAUGCUCCUUCAUGUAUCCAAAUUCGAAAAAAUGCACAGAACCAGCUCCGAAGCACAGCACAAAGAAGGAUAUCGGGAUCAGUAAUUACUGUUUCGAGCAUAGUCGGUUGUCACAAUUGAAUAAACUGCGGACGACAGUGGGAAAAUGCAAACCCAUCGAGACGCCCGAGACAAUUCUCAAUGAUUUGAGCAAAUAUGUGAAGACAGACAGUUAUAAUGCGUCGCAAAGUGCCCAGCGGAUCACGGUGCAUGACGAUGGAUAUGAUGUUUCGGAGGCGCUGACGCCCUGUGUUGAUCCCAUGAUCGAUGUGGAGCGAGUUUUGCCUUCGGAUGGACAAAGAAGCAUCUUGGACUAUGCUUCGGAUAGUGAUCCGGAGGAAGAUCCGCCGAAUUUGAGCAAUACUCAGCGGAAUUACGAGUUGGAUGACUCGGAUGCGGAAAGUAUUGACUCGCAAGGCGAUGAUUUGUUGAAACAUGCUGGAAUUUACACCACCGAAGAAGCAACUUCGAUCACAAAAGAGAAGCUAAAACGUCUCCAAGGCCUCUACAUUGACCAAUUCCAAAGAUUACAACAUGUGCUAAAGGAAAAACGUCGAAAUUACCUCCAUGCCUUGAAAAGAGAGAAGGAAACUUUGUCCAGCAUUUACAACCAAGUCCUCGAUACACCCGAAGAACGUGAAAUGUACGCGAAACUCAAAGCGCUCAAUCAUCACCAUCGAAAAGUCGGCGUUCAUGCAAUUCUCGCGAAGAAACUGCACGAAAAACGCGCCAAAAUCACCGACGGCAUGCAACAAAAGAUGCCCUUUUACAACAAAUGCGUCUUCACGGAAGGCGGCGUCAAGUGCGGAGAUCGUUCCUUGCCCGCAACCAAAUAUUGCCGCAAACACAUCCUCGAAGACAAGAAACAAGUCCUCUUUCGGGCAUGUGGCAUCGAAAAAUCCAACAUAAUUUGUCAGGAACCCGUUUUGACAGUUUUUGAGCAUUCCACGUGCGUCCUUCACAUGAGUUUGCCGACGCAGCGACUUUACACGCACAAAAAGUACGAGUCGACAGACGACGAAGACGAGCCGCCACAGCAAAAAGUGCGAAAAAUGGAAGAUGUGAAGAAGGAAGAAGUGAAAACUGAAGCGCCGGAACAGAAAAUCGAAGUGAUGGAAGAGCAACAAGUCGUGGCGCAAGAAGUCGAAGUAGAAGACAAUCCGUUGAUGGAUUAUCAGACGACAGAUGCGAUCGAUACAACGGGGGAUGUCAACAUAACGAUAGAACAUUCGUAAAUUUGGAUUUUUUUAAAAGAUAUUUUGAUGAAUUUUGGUUAAAAUAAUAGUCAAUAAAGUUGUGACUUUUUAAGAUAAAU